UUAUGUUUGCCGAACCGAUAGAUAGAAGGGGCGUAAAUAAGCCAAUAGCAAUUGUCAAGCGGCGGUGGAGGGGACAAACACAAAUACACACACACACACACACAUAUAUAUUUACUCAUGUGUUUCAUCCUAAAUGUUGUGGUCAUGAUGGAGCACCGCCUGUAUCAUCACCUAUUCCGGUGGUUCGCAAACGGUGCGGCGGAAUAAUCGAAAGACAAUCAAAGACUUAGAAAGUUUCAAAAAUAUUCAUAUGCCAAAAACGAAUACGAUUACAAAAUUUAAAAUACUAUUGGACUCUUUUUAGAUAUACCACCAGAAACAAUAUCCAUGUGUCUCUUAAAAAGUAUUAUCCAUUCUACUACAGUUCUCCACGACAUAUUGCAGUGAACAAGGAUCUUCGGUUCUGACGAAUAUCAAAAACCAACGCAGGGAAAGGCUUUGUGUUGAUGGGGGAAGUGAGAGUUUGUUUAUCUCAAAUUAGGCCGAAUAUAAAGGAGAUUACUCGACAAAAACAAGCUCAUACCUUGCAUUGAAACAUCAGAUGACAUUGGCAGGACAGAAUAUUUUUACUUCAGUAUCCUGGAAGAUAAUAUACAGAACUGAUGCAUAGAUGAGGAAUUGCAUUGAAAUUUCUUUUGUAAACAAAAUUUCUCAAAAGUCACUAUUUGGCUGUUUGGAAUGUGUGCAUGAUUUUUGGGAUAUAAUUAAAAUUGAAUGGAUUUGCAGCAUCUUUAGAUAUCAACAACGAUCACUGCUGAUGGAAAUAUAGGUGUUAAAAUAUAUAUGAUAAUACUGUAAAUACAACUAUAUAUAUAUAUUUAGUUGUGAUAGAGGAGAAAUUAAUAAAUUAUUUAAAAAUGAUUUAUGUGAGAAAGUGAAAGAAUUGAGUUUAUUUUCCUCAAGAGAUGGCAGAAGAGACAGGGAAAUCAACAGACAGUAGUGAUAUCUGUGAAAAGCCAUCCUCUCAAAGAGAUUACGUCUCAGCUCCCAAACGAACUCCCAAAGUAGCAAAGCCACAUCGCUGUGAUAUUUGCGGUAAAACUUUCUCUCAAAAUAACUACUUAGUUACACACAUACGCGUACAUACAGGUGAGAAACCAUAUCACUGUGAUGUCUGUGGCAGAUCAUUCUCUGAAGGAAGUCACUUGACAACUCACAAACGUACACAUACCGGAGAAAAACCAUAUCUUUGUGAUAUUUGUGGCAAAACAUUCUAUCAAAAAUGUCACUUAACCGAACACAAGUACUUUCAUACGGGAGAGAAGCUAUUUCACUGUGAUGUCUGCACUAAAUCAUUUUUUCAAAAGAGUCACUUAACAGCACAUAAGAACAUUCAUACAGGAGAGAAGCCAUAUCACUGUGAUGUCUGUGGUAAAUCGUUCUCUGAAGGAAGUACCUUAACUAAACAUAAGCGUAGCCAUUCAGGAAUCAGACCUUUUAAAUGUGAUAUCUGUGGUAAAUCAUUCUCUCAGACAAGUAGCUUAAAAAGACACAAACUCACCCAUACAGGAGAGAAGCCAUAUCACUGCAACACCUGCAGUAAAUCAUUGUCUAUUGUUUCUUAAAUGGACACAAGUGUAUUCAGUGAAUCAUAUUCUGAAGGGAAGUACCUUGAAAAAUCCACAUGUACACUCAGGGAAGAGAAUAUCACCCUAUAUCUAUGGUAAAAUGGAGGCGUAAUGGCCCAGUGGUUAGGGCAGUGGACUCGCGGUCAUAGGAUCACAGUUUCGAAUCCCAGACCGGGCGUUGUGAGUGUUUAUUGAGUGAAAACACCUAAAGCUCCAUUAGGCUCCGGCAGGGGAUGGUGGCGAACCCUGCUGUACUCUUUCACCACAAAUCUCUCUCACUCUUUCUUCCUGUUGUACCUGUAUUUCAAAGGGUCAGCCUUGUCACAAUGUGUCACGCUGAAUAUCUCCGAGAACUAAGUUAUGGGUACUCGUGUCUGUGGAGUGCUCAGCCACUUGCACGUUAAUUUCAUGAGCAGGUUGUUCCGUUGAUCGGAUCAACUGGAACCCUCGAUGUCGUAAGCGACGGAAUGCCAACACACACUAUGGUAAAGUAUUCUCUCAAAACAGCCACUUAACUACACAUGUAUGUAUUCAUACAGAACGUGAGCCACAUAAUGUCAAAAAUCUUUCCGUAAAUCUAAUGUUAUAUAACCAUCGGUGUAUCUGUUAGACAAAGAAGAUAUAGCUAUCUUCAGACACUGUAUAACCAUAUCUAUGUCCACUUUAAUGCAAUAAAUUAUAACUGAUAUUUUUAAUAAA